AAACUGAACUGAGAUCAUUCAGAGGCUCAAACAAAAGCCGUUUUGAGGUGUACAAGCCACAGCCAGCUGCAGCGAUGCCUUCGUGGAAGAUGGACCAUGGUGUGAGACAUGCUGGAGAGCGGAGCCUUGAAGGGUUUGACCAACAUUCGUCCAUUCCCAUCCAAGCUCCCAUGAAGAACCCCUCUUCCUCACCGGAGGUGAAACCAAGCAGAACUGUGGUCCAUGCACCAAUCCCCCGUCAUCCUAAGCCAAUCCCGAGCAGCCCCCUCUCCCUCCCCUGGCCCCUUUCUGAAUCUUCGGACUGGGUCAGUGUAGCUGCAGCGGGAAGCAACCCCGCCUUCCAGACUUCCAGACUCCAUCUGCCACGUUUUCCCAACCUGAUUCCACCCAUCUCACCAGCCAGCAUCAGGAAGCACAGCUUUGGCUCUGCGUGGCAGAAGCCUACGCCCCAUCACCCCCCUGCUAAAGAGCCAACGGUUGUGUUCAAACUGAGGAGGGUACCAGAGAACCCAGAAAGUGACAAUAAACCUCCAGAAAAAAAAGAAAUUCCACUUCCAAAGCCUGACAGGGUCUCCAGGGAAGGUUCUAAAGACAGCUGCGAUGGGCCUCUGGAUCUUUCAGAUCGAGGGAAAUCCAAAUCCAACCAAAGUUUAAAUGAUGACGCCCCUGUUGCCAUGCACAGCGAGGUGGGAACACAGAGAAGCCCCAUGAACACACCUGUAUCCUCGCCUUCAGUCGUUAUCCUCCCCUUGACCUCCUGUGCAACAUCAGCCAAGAAUCCAGAGCUGGAAGCCGCCGGCGAUCAGAACAAAGAGGUCAAAGAUCAGGAGCAGAAAGGAGAAGAAGCUGCUAAAACAGACCAAAGCAAUGGAAAAAAGAUUCCUGUUCUCACUCUGUCCCUGCGUCCAGCAGUUGUAAGGCUGGAGACCCUGAACUCUGCUCUACAAAAGCAAGAAUCAAAACCGUCCAACGGCAAACAAACGUGUGGCAACCCUCGCGCUUCCUCGGCAUCGCCACAGUCGUCCUCGACAACAAACGAGGCGGAAAGCAGCUUAGACGAGCACGAAGAUGAGAGCGGGUCAGGACAGGAGGGCAACCAGGGCAGCAAGAGGAAGAGGGCCUCGGUCGAGACGGAAACGGACAGAGACUCAGACACCAAUAACGCCCAUCAGGAGAGAAGAAUCAAGAUCACGCCACGAAACGAAGAGAAAAGCCCGAAUUAAAGAAAGAGACGCACGCACACACACACACACACACACACACACACGCGCACACACACACACGCGCACACACACACACACACACACGCACACGCGCACACACACACACACACACGCGCACACACACACACACACACACGCACACGCGCACACACACACACGCGCACACACACACACGCGCACACGCGCACACACACACACACGCGCACACACACACACACGCGCACACGCGCACACACACACACACGCGCACACACACACACACA